AUGGAGAAUACUGCAGAGCAGCGGGCAGAGGGGCAGGAUGGCAAGGGAUCCGGCUCGAUAACCGAGGGAAUCCUUCCUCAACUUCUCAAUCUGUGAGUUCUCUCGUGUUAACCUUCCCCCGCUCAUAAUUUCUAAGACUUUCAAGUUUGCAUCUACGUUAAUUGGAGCGAAGGGGCAAAAACAGAGCACUAGAAAUUUCUAGAGCGCGUCCUGCGUGGUGACGUCAUUUUUCUCUGGGAUAAAUGUUCUGCGAAGAUGAUGCUCAGGUGUUCAGCUGAUGUAGGAUUAAUCUUGUCAGUGGAGCGCCUUGUGAAGAUCUGAGUUAAAUGAUCAAAUUGACAGUUCCGUCGUAGUGAUGCUCGGGCUAAUUGAAUCGAUUGCUCAUAUCACAGGUACGGAUCUACUGCGACGUCCCGGGACUUUGAGAUUUAUGCCUCAAAUGCGACAUUUGAAGAUCCCCUGAUGCGCGCGCACGGGUAUGUCUCAGAUGCGUCUUUCUUGUUUAGAUUGCAUAGAGAUUUAUGCGGACUCAUCUUUCUGUUCGCAGAGUAAAGCAGAUUAAAUCGGCAUUUUAUUCGCUGCCUAAGGUACGAUCGUUGUUUCUAACAUGAUUCCGUUUUUCUGUACAUCUUAUUACGCGUAAACCCUCACACCCAGUCAUUGAUUUGUUGGGUUUGUUUUCAGCAGUGACGAAGUUUGCACUCUUUUCUCCAGUUCUUCUCUUUUGGUCGCCAUGGUUGCUUGUGAAGAACUUCUAAUGGCCAGUAUUUAUGCUUCUUUUUUACUGUCACAGGUAUUCAGUGAAUCAAAGAUUGUAGAAUAUAGCAUCAAAGAAAACGCUACCGGACCUGGAAAUGGAGAGGUAAAGCAUCAUUUCCGACUGUCUCAUCGGCCUUGCUAAUGGACAUGGACAUCUCAUCAUGUGCUUACUCUCCAUUAUUGCUGCAGGUGUUGAUCGACAACAAGCAGUACUACAAAAUCCUGGGGAGAGACAUCAACAUCAUCUCUCUAAUCAAACUUCAUCUUAAAGAUGGAAAGGUCAUCCGCCAUGAAGACUGGUAUGCUAUGCUUCCUGGAUUCUGUAUUUACUCUUCAACACUCUAACAAAAAAGCAACGGCGUUCGUGUUGGGAAUUUUACUCAAGUGUGAUUUUUUUUCCCGCUCCUGUGGGUAGAAAAAUUGGUGUUUAGAUUGAUCCCUGAACCCAUUAUGGUAUCAAUGCAUUCUCACAGUUUUGCUCUUUCUUAUUACAGUUAAUUCAGAGUUGUCUGUCUUUGUUCUAUGAACUCGUCAUUAUAGUAAUCCUGCCCUCUGCAUUUUUCCUAGGUGUCCAUGGUUAUGAAUCCACAGCUCUGAUCUUCCUUCUGUACUUUUCCUGCUCGGAAUUAAGAGGAUUCUAUCUUCCCUUUUCUCCUCCCAAUUAUAGUAGCUCACAGUCUUCUGCAUAAAAACUUUCUAUGUACUCAUAAUCUGUGCUUUACUGUUCCUGCCAGGAAUUCAAGCGAAAACUUAAUAAUGUCUCUCCACUUGAUGCAUUUCUUAGCCUCAUAAUCUAUGUCCCACCUUCGUUGACUCCAUUCUCUCUUGGGGUUGAUCAAACUUGCAGGUGGGACAAGAAGCCUCUGAAGAACAGGGAGACAGUGAAGUUACCACUGGUGGGACAACUGGCUGAGCUCACUCGCCGGGCUUCCAUGCUGGCGACUCAUUGUCUGAUGAGGUUCGGAAAGGAUCCGAGCCCAUGA